GAAGUCCGAGCGUGAGCCUUUCAGUGUGGCGAGGCGCCGGGCGGGCGAGGUCCUGGGUUUCUAUAUCUUUUUUUCAUAUGCUACAACUCUACCCACCAUCUUCCACAACAGUGUGUUCUAGAGCAGCCUGCCUUUUAGAGUACCUCUAUCCUGUGAAGGGCCAAUCUGUAAAGAUGCUGCACAUGACAGACGUUUUGGAGAUCUUGAAGAAUCCCCAGCUCUUCCAUCUACGUGCUCAAGAAGAGAAUCCAGAAGCCAUCUCCUUAAGAAAUCCAGAGUCUCUGAAAGUUUCUCAUCAGAAGUUUAGGCAUUUUCAGUAUCUUUCAGUGACUGGGCCUCACCAAGCUGUGAGCCAAAUCCAGGAGCUCUGCCGUCAAUGGCUGCAGCCAGAGACCCACACCGAGGAGCAGAUGAUGGAGCAACUGGUGUUGGAACAGUUUCUGAACACCCUACCAGAGGAGCUUCAGACCUGGGUGAGGUCAAAACAGCCUCAGAACAGCAUGGAGGCAGGAACCCUGGUGGUCAAUUUGAUACAAGCAUGUGGAGAGAAAGGUUUCUCUCCUCAGGACUUUGUACUUGCAGAAGAGAGGAACAGCAAAGAACAGCAAAAGGAGGACACAGAGAUGUCUGACAGUCCCGUAUCUGCGGGAUCCCAGGAUUUGGUGACUUUCAAGGAUGUGGUUGUGGACUUCAGCCCAGAGGAGUUAACCUACCUUAGUGCUGCUCAGAGGAACCUCUACCGGGAGGUGAUGCUAGAGAAUUAUAGGAACCUGGUCUCCUUAGGGUACCAGUUCUCUAAGCCCGACAUUAUCUCACAGCUGGAAGAGGAAGAGUCACAUGUGAGGGAGGAAGACAUCAAUACAGACAAAUGUCAAGAUUGGGAGAAAAGACCUGAAACCAAAGAUCUAACUCCAGAGCAAAGCCUGCCUAUGGAAAAGUCAUCCUUGGGGGUAGGAAUGGAGGAUCUGAAGGUAGAUAACUUCUGCAGUGUCAACAUAGGAGAGUAUUCUCCUGAUGAUCCAUCAGAUUUGUACCAGGACAACCAGAAGAAACUUUUGAGUCCUGUAACAAUGAGUAAGCCCAAGACCCUCGCUCAAGAAAGAAGCCACGACAGUGAUGAUUUUGAGAGAAGCUCAGAUCUUACUAAACAAUCAGAAGGGCCUCCAGUAAAGGAUCCCCAGGAAUGUACUACUCCUGAAAUUUGCCCUAGUCCCCAACUGGCAGAUGAUGAGCCUUUCCUCCAAGAGAACAGAUGUAGAUUUUGUGAAAGAACUUUUAUUACCCAAACAGCUCGUGAGAGACAUGAGCAGAUCCAUACUGGGAAGAAACCCUUUGAAUGUAAACGAUGUGGAGAAGCCUUCUACCUCAUGCCACACCUCACCAGACAUCAGAGGACUCAUUCCAAUGAGAAGUCCUCUGGAUGCAAUGAAGGUGGAAAGUCUUUCAUUCAGCAUACAAAUACCUCUGGCCAUGUAAGAAUUCAUAGUCAGGAAGACUACUAUGAAUGUUUCCAGUGUGGCAGAGCCUUUAUCCAGGAUGUGCAUCUUUUUCAACAUCUCCAAGCCCACGAAGCAGCAAAAGCCCUUCCACCUGGGUUGCCCCGCAUUAAGACAUAUUUAAUUCGCUAUCAGCGGAAACAUGACUAUGUUGGAGAGAAAGCCUGUCAGUGUUGUGACUGUGGCAAAGCCUUCAGUCGGAGUUCACAUCUCAUUCAACACUAUCGCAUCCAUGCUCAAGAGAGGCCUUACCAGUGUCAGCUGUGUGGGAAAUGUUUCAGCCGACCCUCAUACCUCACUCAGCAUUAUCAACUCCAUUCUCAAGAGAAACCUGAUGGGGCAAUUAUUACUGAAAACCUCUAAUCAGAGAACAUUCUCAACAUCUUUGGCAGUUGGACUACAAACAGGCAAUCUGUUCCCAAGUUUUUUUAGAAGUGUUUACAUAUGGUGUCUUUGCCACAUGGGAUGUGUCAACACAGAGCAUGUUAAAAAGAUUUUCAAGGUGUGCUAAUAUUGAUUCAUCCACAAAGCUGAUAUAAUUGGUAAUGUAUUACAUUGUACUUCAUAAUUUAUCAAAUAUUGUCAUGUACAUUUUUUAUUUGAUCUUUUAAGGAAUGCUGCAGUGUACCUAGUGAGCAUAUUUAUUCUAUUUUUACAGGUAAAGCAAACUUGAAACUCCAAAGUUAUCAGUUGAUCUGACCUAGGUUAUAAGUAAUGAAGUAGGAAAAUGAACUCAGGUUUUGUUUUAUGUUGAGAUUUCAUGAGAUAUUUAUUUCAUAUCUUGAUGUUCAAGCCUGGUUUUCUUUAUUCCUGCCACAUCCCUUCUGAAGAAAAGGUACAGUACUAUACUGACUUCAGCUGUCUUCCUCUGUGGUAGGCCCAGCACUGUUUCACAUGAAAUCAGGCAA